UCGCGGGGGAGCCAGAUAAGAGGGGCAAAGGGUUACGGUUUCGCGUCACUAGGGCGUACUAGAGCUCUUUGAAAAUCAAUGGUUAAAUCAAUAAUAUAGAAUAGAGCGAAUCCUUCGGCGUAAGCGGCGAGUAGCGAUCAAGUUAGGGGGCAGUCUAGCAGCCUAGUAGCGUCAGUCAGCGCUAAGAUGCCAUGCAUGGGAUGCAUAAGGUAGCAGGCCAGACGUCAGGCGGGGCAGUGCCAAUGGAUUGAAUAUAAAAGGGCCUUCAAUGUCCGAGUAAGUUCAUCCCACUUGCAACGGUAAUCCUCCACGUGCGUCCACUUUCCCAACAUGGCUUCCGACAUGGCUACCUGCCCUCCUGUCGUCCGUGAUGCCAUUUCGGAUGACGCGAGAGAGCGAGCAUACCCCUUGCCUAAUAAUACCAGCUGCGAAAUCCAACGCCUCGAUGGUCAACAUGCCGUCUUCGCCAUUCGCACUCGAAAGCUCUAUCACGCUCAAUUCCCACUCGGCCAAUCACCGCCGCGUGUCGUCGAUCUUGGAUGCGGCACAGGCGUUUGGACCCGACGGUUCGCAAGCACACACCCAGACUCGCACGUACUAGGCAUUGAUCUCCAUCCACCGACCGGAAAAGCUACCGACGGGGGCGACACUCCAUCAAACUGUACCUUUGCCGAGGCCGACAUGGAAGAAGACUGGUCGUUGUUCCCCGCCCAGGACGGCGAGGCCCCUGCCCCAUUCGAUUUUGUAUACAUUCGAAUGCUCAUGGCAGCUGUGCAAGACUGGCCCGGCCUCUUCAAACGGGCGUACCAAAAUCUCCGCCCGGGCGGCAAGAUCGAGGUAUUUGAAGGUCUAAUGGAGAUGAAUGCCGAGGAUGGCAAAAGCACGGCGAGCACAUCGGCUGCGAUCCGCUGGUUCGAGCUCGCUCAGCAGUAUCUCGCCCUGCACUCCAUCAAGUGGGACCUGGCGCGGGAUAUCCCGCAGCAACUGACUGACGCGGGGUUCGAGGUCACUGAGGAUCUAGCGUUCAAGAUGAGACUUUACCCGGAUAAUGCCGAUCAUGUCGCGCAUCGCAUUUGGGUCGCGGCGCAGUAUGCGUAUGACAUGGCGGAUAUGAUCUCGGGUAUGACGGGGAGGAUGAAGAGGGAUAUGUUGGAUGUGAUGUCGGCAACGGAGUGGGAUGAGUUGGAGCAAGCUGCUCGGAAGGAGCUUCUUGAGGAAUCGGGUGUGAGGGGAUUUUAUACGAACUUAUAUAUUCGCGUCGCGCAGAAACCACUUGACAAGUGAAGGCCCUGAUUACAUCACUUAUUGAUUUUCCUCACGGUGCCUGCUACUAUCCGUCUAUUGUCUGCACCAGCGAGGGCAUGACUUGAGCUCAGGUACUGCAAUUGCUUCCACUGCUUUUGGUUGCCUGGUUAGAUGUUGUAUUGGGCAUUAAUUAUGUGAACGACUUUAUAUUUGGCGUAUACCUUGGGAAUACCAGCUUUG